AUGGCAACUAGAGCUGUGCACCUCGAAUUAGUAAGUGAUCUUACUUCUGAAGCUUUUAUUGCAGCGUUGAAACGGUUUGUCUCCAGACGUGGACAUUGUUCCGAAUUAUGGAGUGACAACGCUACUACAUUCGUAGGUGCAGAUCGAAUAUUACAAGUCCUCCUAACAGAAGAAAGGUCCAGUGUGGCUGUUGAUAUUGCUGAUUGGCUCGCUAAUAAUGGAACUUACUGGCACAGAAUUCCACCCUAUAGUCCUAAUUUUGGAGGUCUACGGGAAGCAGGUAUUAAGUCUACAAAAAGCCACCUCAAAAGAGUGAUAGGCAACUCUUUGUUGACAUUUGAAGAAUUUAGUACAGUGUUGUCUCAAAUCGAGGCUUGUCUGAACUCGAGGCCAAUAUCAAGAAUAAAUAAUAACAUGGAUGAUCCAUUCCCUCUCACACCGGGACAUUUCUUGGUUGGAGAACAAUUGGUUCUCGUUCCAGAUGAAAAUUAUUUAACUUCUAAUAUAAAUUCGCUUAAACGUUGGCAGAUCACCCAACGUAUGGUGCAAACUUUUUGGAAGCGAUGGUCUCGUGAAUAUCUCACACAAUUUUUACAACGCCAUAAGUGGAAAGGGCAUACUCCUGACCCGAAAAUUGGAGAUGUUGUACUGGUGAAGGAGGACGAUCUUCCUCCGGCUAGAUGGCUCUAUGGGAUAAUUAUAGCAAAACAUCCUGGUUUGGAUGGAGUUACCCGUGUGGUGUCUUUACGAUGCAAAGGUGUUACUAUUAAAAGACCAGUAUCAAAAAUUUGUGUUUUGCCUAUUACUGAAUGA